AUGAUGGCCGCAAACUUCAGCAACAACUUCGGGCCCAGCUCUCGCCAGCACCCUCACCUUCCGUCGCACCUCGCACCACUCCCUCCGCUCGAGCCUUCGGCCGACCGUCACCACGCUUUCCAUCUCGCCCACAACCAGACCAGGAGAGGCUCGACGGAUCCGAUCCUCCACGCAUCUCUCGCCGCCAAUGCUUCGGCGUCUGGUGGCAUGUCCCACGGCCUCGCAAAUGGCCAGGGAUCCUCGCUCAGCAGUCCGAGUCCCUUCGACAUGCCCAGGCGAAGGAGCAUCCAAAUCGAACCCGCCAUGCCUUCCGGCCACGGAAGCCCAUUUGCCAGCCCGAGCCACACCGGACUUCACUCGUCGCGCUUCAUCAGCCAGAACAACAGCCCCGCGCCCCUCGUCGGGCAGGCCCAGGCCGACGAAGGUUCCACCCUGCCACCCAUGGGCGGAACGGGCUCCGGCUCAGAACAAGAUGGAACUCGACACGCGCAGGUGCAGUCCAACUACCAGUUCGGCAGCUACGCGACGCCACCUAACCCGGACGCAGUCUACCGACACGACGACGCCAGCAAGAGUCACCUCUCGCGCGUCCCGACCGUCAGCGCCCCGGACGGCGAUGGCGGGGGCGAGCUGAUCGAGAACGGCGGGCCGAUGCACACCGUCGAUGGCUCGAGGAGAUCAUCGGCGAGCGGACUCGGUUCCAAGCUGCUCGGCGUCGACAAGGAUGCCAAGCCGUACAGCCGAAGCCCCGAGCUCCGGGUCAGCCACAAGCUGGCGGAGCGCAAGAGGCGAAAGGAGAUGAAGGAGCUCUUUGACGACCUCCGAGACCAGCUGCCCGUCGACAAGGGGCCAAAGACGAGCAAGUGGGAGAUUCUGAGCAAAGCUGUCGACCACAUUGCCCAGGUGACCAAGGAAAAGGAGGAUCUCGAGGCCGAGGUUGCGGCGCUACGGGCGCAGCUCGGCGGCACGGGCGGCGGCAACGCCAAGUCGCACGGCUACUCGAACGCCAUGAACGGCGGCCGAAGCGGGUACACCAAAUCGGACGACCAGGGGCAGUUUGCGCAUCCCGGGUCGGGCUACGCCUCGCACCACGCGGCGCCACAGGCUGGCCCUGCGCAACAGCAGCACAUCGACAACGGAGGCCAGCACCACAUGAUGAUGAACUAUGCCGAGUCGUCGCAGCGCACGCAAAACGGCGGCCGAUAA